AUGGUUGAGGCGUACGCGCCACCGCAUGGUAGCAUCACCCCCGUCAUAAUUGUCGGCGCGGGGCCAGUCGGCCUCCUACUCGCCCUCCGACUCGCGCAGAGUAACAUUCGCUCCAUCGUGCUCGAACAGGAUACCACACUCGGCGCAGCGCCACGUGCGAUCGGUUACUACGGCCCGGUCCAUAAUGUCUUCAAGGAAGCUGGAAUAUAUGACCAAGUGGCUAGGGAAGGAAUGCCUUCUGGAGGAUACGUCUGGAGGACACUUCCUACCGAAGACCAGACAGGGACAAAAGCACUCGGGUCGGUAUUGUGUCGGAACAUAAUGAGUCGUCCAGAUUCAGAUGGCCAAUACAAGAUCUGCACGUAUUCUAUACAGCUAGCUCAAUGUCGUCUUGCAGAGAUUAUGCUGGAGGAAUUGACGAAGACGGGGCUAUCUGACGUUCUUUGGGGUCACCGUGUGACAGAUCUCUCGCAGGACGAGAGCGGUGUUACUGUCACCGCCGUGUCAGGAGAAAGGGAGCCAAAGAGCUUCCAAGGGCUCUAUCUUGCAGGUUGCGACGGCGGCAAGUCUAAUAUCAGGAAGUUACUCGGAAUCCGCCUCGCCGGACACAGCUGGCCUGAGCGCUUCAUCGCCACCGACGUUCUCCGUACCGCGCCUGUGGUUGAAGAUCCGCCAGUACACUUCACCGUAGACCCUAGGUACUGGGGUGUCGUGACGCCGCUUGAACAUGUUGAGCCAGGCGUAAAGGGACUAUGGCGUUAUAGCAUGGCUGUACCAGCUUACGAGGAAGCAGAAGAUGGCAGUCGUAUCUUUCUCACGGACGAAGAGGUUGUCGAACCUAAAUAUGUCAACUCGCUCCUCCUACGUCAGAUCGAUGGUCCCCGGCCUAGCGAUCAUGUUGUCGUGCGUAAAAGCUUGUAUAAGAUGCAUCAAUUGCUUGCGAGUACCAUGCAUCGUGGCCGAUGCUUCCUCGCGGGUGACGCCGCCCACAUCAACAACCCUAUUGGAGGGCUUGGCCUAUGUACAGGUCUUCUUGACGCAGAUGCUCUACAUCAGGCGCUCGAGAUUGUCCGUCGAACCAUUGACCCUCAGACUCUUUUCUCACGAUAUUCGUCCGAGCGCCGUCGUGUCUUCCAAAACAUUAUUCACCCUUAUAGUAGCGCGAACAAAACGCGGCUGCACGGCGCUGACCCCGAAGAUACAGCCAGGGAAGAUUGGUAUUUCCAGGCCCUACGAAAAGGGGAUCCGAAAGAGUUAGCGAGCAUUAACGCGCCGCUUUACAACAAUUGGAGGUCAGAUAUGUGGAGCCUGAUUGGUACGUCUCUCAAGGGCAUCUAA